CCUAUGUCCUAUUUUCAAUGGCGGUAUUUAACGAACAUCUGAGCAUUGUUUAUCAAUUCAAAUUGGCGGGAUUGGUUAAGUAAUAACUGGUAAUUGUUUUAUAAAACUCCAGGGAAGCUCGUCACAGCGAGUGCAGCGAAAAUGCAACCGGUGAAGAUCAGUGAACUCCUGGGGCUCCCAAAAAGUGUUGGGAAAAAAUCAGGGUCAGAGCGGAAGAAAUUAGAGCCUAUGAAGAUAAAAGACCUGCUGGAAUCUGUCUCGAAGUCCUGUUCCCGUUCUAACGAUCGUGUCACUCGUCCCACGUUCUUAAUCCCGGGGAAAGGUGUUCGUCGCAAGCUCUACGACCGUUCUCCCUCGCCACGUGCUUCUAGGCCCUCGAUUUGUCCCCAAAAAUCAGGGACGCGACUUUCGACCCGAGUCUCAACCCUCCCCGCCAAAAACCCCUCCCGCACGACCCUCCUGCCGUCUGCAAAGCCUCGUCAGUCCCUCUUCCCCCCUCAGCCUUCAAAAACAUCAAUAAAGCCUCGGAAAAGUUUUCUCCUUCCCCCGAACUCCAUCAUGAAGCAGCACAUAGAGAAGACGGUCCACGAGAAAACAAUCCUGGAGGCUUCUCUCAUCAUCGAUGAAGGUGAUUCGAAGGAUAAUCGCCCGGAAACAAUAAAACUCCAGCGACCGACAGUGAUAAUUCGUUCUCAAUCAUCAAAAAAAGCUCAGAAGCCCUCAAAACCUCCCCCUGAGGACCUUAGCACAACCUCCACGGACUCAAGCUCCCCGAAGAUCCUGGAAAAGUCACUGGAGAACAAAGAGAAUAUUCCACCGUCUGUUGUGGCCGCCACUCAGCCCCUGACUGAGUCAAAGUCCCUCCAACUCAGUGCAGAAAUGCUCCAGGAGACGCUGAGGCGUGUGGAGAAGAUGGAAGCGACCGUCGAGGAGAUCAGGACCUCACAGAAUCGCGUACUCCAGGUCAUGGAGCACAUGUAUGAUUAUUUUACGAAAAAUAUAGAAAAGAGUGAGAAGUCGAACGGGAUUUUGGAAGCUCACAACGGAGUCUUAGAUAAGGAAAACAUUUCCAAUAACAGAUCCAGGAGAAAGUCUAAAGAAUCACCUGUGAUGCGCAGGCGGUCGGCGAGGAUUGCCGAACGACUCAAUGACCCCAAUGACAGCUUUUCGAGGCUCGAGGAGAAGCUCAACGUAAAGUCUACCGGAAAAACUAUGAAAGUUGUGACUCCAGGAAAGAAGACUCCAGUGCAUGAUCAGUUCAUGUUGCGCAGGUGCAAAAGUGAACGAGCGUUGAGGGAAUAUCUUGCGAUGAAGGCAAGUAUGAGUUAUCUAGAGACACCGGAGGCUGGAAGGCUCAAGGAAAUGCACGCGGUGAAUACUCCUUCUGGGAAAAAAAGCCUGAGGAGGUCGAUAUCAAGAAAGGUCUUUGAUGAACUGGAGGACCUGUACAGUGAUGAUAUCGAGUAAAAAGACAUUAUUUUUAAGAAGUGUUUGCAUCUAAAGAUUAUCUUAAGAAAGCUUUCAUGUACUAAGAUGUUUAACAAGAGUUGGAAUAGGCUUUUAUAUUUUUGUAUGGAAUAGACAAAAUUUAGAGACAUUUUGUAUGAAGUGGUGUUGAUGUUGGAAAUAAUUCUGAUGAAUGUGUGAAUUAAAUUUUUAUGAAUAAUAAAAUUACGAAAAUACAAC